AUGAAACCACGAGCUCUAAUUUCAAAACCUAAGCCAGCAAGUCAUAUUAUUUCUAAAACACCACUUCCUCCUUCGGCUAAUUUAAGUGCUACCAUAAGUCCUAUUAAAACUCCAAUAAGAUCAAAUACAGUGAAAACCUCAUCUGUACACCCACAACUGACAGCGAAAAUACAAUCCCGACCUCGUACUGCUACCUUAAAACUUGACGAUAUUAGAAGACCAGACUCAGAAACCCCUGCAAACCCUGAAGAAAAGAAAACCCAGUCUAAAAUUGAGCAUUAUGUUUUUGGCCGACAGCUUGGUCAGGGUGCUUAUGCAAUAGUAAGAUUGGCCACACAUCGGCAGUCUAAAAGCCAAUUUGCAGUCAAAACAUAUAAUUAUAUAAAUAAACUGUCAAUAAUAUUUUAUUUUGAGGUAAAUUGAGAAUUUUAUAUAUAAAAAGUAUAUGAAAAAUCAAAACUUACUGACGUCAGACGGAAAACUGGUGUAAAACGAGAAAUUUCAAUAUUACAAAGACUUGACCAUCCUUAUACAAUCAAACUUAUUGAAGCUUUAGAUGGGCCUAAACAAGUAAAUUUAGUUAUGGAAUAUGUUGGGCCAAGCUCAUUGCAUGGAUAUUUAUAUAAAAAGGCUUCAAGAAAAUUAGAUGAUCUUGAAGCAAAAAAAUUCUUCCAGCAAAUAGUGCAAGGAAUUGAAUACUGCCAUUCAAAAAAUAUUACCCAUAGAGAUAUUAAAUUAGAAAAUAUCCUGUUAGAUAAGCAUAAUUUAUUUUAAUCAAAUUUAGUUUAAGAAAAUUAGCAUAAAAAAUUAUAAAAAAAUAAGCACCAUUAGAUAAAGACCAAAAUGUAAAAAUCAUCGAUUUCGGCUUUGCUACCUGUAUGGCUAGCACCAAAACCACACGUCUUUUCUGUGGAACCCCUAGCUAUAUGGCGCCCGAAAUCUUGUCUAACAAAGAUUACAUUGGAAAUCCAGUUGACAUAUGGGCUUUAGGUGUUCUUUUAUUCGUGAUGCUCUGUGGAUUUUUCCCAUUCAAAGGUGCAAAUGACCGAGAUCUUUACAAAAAAAUAAUGUCAGCCAAUUUUCAGAUCCCUGAAUAUGUAUCACCUACAGCUCAAGAGUUAAUAAGAAUGAUGAUACAGAAAGACCCUAAUCAUAGGCCUUCAUGCAAAGAAAUACUCGAAGCGCCUUGGCUUGCUUUGACUGAAAUUGUAGAACCUUGGCUUAAUUAUGAACAUUUGCAUGAGCUAAAAGAUAUUGAAAUUAAAGAUACUGUAGCAAGUGAGUUGGCAUCAACAAGAGCGACAGAAAGUGUCAAGAGUUAG